AUGUUCGAGCCGCCGGGACCAGAAGCCAUGGCAAUCGACCAGGAGAUGAUCGAUGAGGCCAUGCCGGUCGAAAAUGAGACCAAAAUUGAGACGGAAGUUAUCCCGACGACAACGAUUGAAGACACAACUCAAGAUGCGCAAGCAACUGCGAUUGGCGCUGACCCAAAACAACCAUCACCCGCACCUGCAGCGCCUCAGUCUGCUCCCGUCGAAACCGAAAAAGUAGAACUGCCGACUCCCACCCCAUCUUCAUACAAACGCCAGUUUUCUCCUGCAACCUCACGAUACGUUCUGAGCCGUCUCCACCAGACUAACGAUAGCAAACCAUCCUCACCAGCACCUGAUGCACCAACAGAUGAGCCUCAUGAAACGUCCAAGGCUGCCAAAGAGGAUUCUCUACACUGCCCACUGGACUUGUCUACCCUGCCUCGGACGCUGUACUUGCCUUGUGCGACGCCCGCCGUUCCCUCAACAAUCACAUUAGGCCAGCCGCCCUCCGCCGGAACAAAGCGGAAGCGCGAAAUAGAAGAUGAAGCCUCCCGGAGACCUUCCAACUUGCCCGCCUACCCAGAACCCGAAAUUCUCAGGCGUCCCAUGCCCAAGCCGCCCGUGAAGAGGAAGCGGACCAAGGACGACGGUAAUGGGCAAACGAUGUGCACAAAGUGCAAGCGUACGUCCUGGACCGACGCCAACCUCAUUAUAGCCUGCUCUUGCGGCGAGGCCUGGCACCAACUCUGCCACGACCCCGAGAUCCUAAGCGACGUUGCCGCCGAUCCGCCGCGGUUCCGGUGCAGCACGUGCAAGGACGAGGAGAAGGAGCAGGCUAAGUACCAGCGCCAGCUCGCAAAGUACCGCGAGGCGAAGCAGGAGCAAGCGGAGUGGAAGAAGCUACAAAACGAGGUCGAGCGGAGACGAGAGAAGCGUCUUGCUAUGCUGCCCGAGUUCCCCAACUCGAGAAUCAUCGGGUUUGAGGGUGGCAAUGCCAGUCGUGAGGAGAGAAGAGAGUAUUUUGAGGGCUUAAAGAAGAGCGAGCUGGUCAACUUGCUCAUCUUCAGCAAUGACAUCCACCCGGGUCUCCUCGUAGAUAUACUCGUCUCCAUCUCCAAAAAGCACCCGGGGCUACCCAUCUUUGGGUCCCCCGACUGGGCGCAACCAAGAGGCCACCAACAGGAACCCCAACGCCACCGCCAGAGCAACCACGCGCGCCUCAAGGUCCCCAAGCAGCGCUCAAAGACAGGCGGCGUGCGCAAGAUCCUGAAGACUGCACCCGCAGAGGCCGCCGACCCGGCAGCCGACGACGAGGAUGACGACGACGCUCUGCCCGAGUCGUGGCCCAAGGCCGGCCAUGGCCUGUACGCGAAACUGAAGCCCGAGAAGGAAGACUCGCUGCUCUUUGACGACAAUGAUGAGGAGGCGUUUAGUCACUUCAUGGUCGACAAGGAGGGGAAGCAGAUCAUGGAGCCGCUCGCGGUGUAA